CAAGUUCAUUUUGUGCGUGAGGUACGCAAUAUUUUGAUCUCGAUCCCAUUCUCAUUAUCCUUAUUAGCUGCACUCUUCAAUGGAACUUUCGGCGUCUUAACGUUGCAUUUUUAUAUGAGAUGCAAACGUUUUGUUGAUCAUCAUCAUGCGUUACUCUUAAGUGAAACGAUAAGCGCUCUGCUGCAUCAACUUCUACUGUAUUGUUCACUGAUCGCAAUGAGCUUCAAUUCCGAAUUUGGCUAUACCUCAACGGCCGCUUUCUUUUCAAUAGCUUUGGCCACCUUAUUUGUUCAUUCAGGUUCUUAUUUUGCAAAUACCUCUCUAUUAUUUUUGGCAAUUGUUCGGCCAUUGAAAUAUCGUAGUCCUUUAACAGCGCGACAGUCCAUUCGUCUUUUAACAGUUAUUUGGUUAUCGUCGAGUCUUAUUGCGACCUGUAUGGGCCUAUCUGCGGCCGCAUUAUUUUAUCCGCAGUCUACAUCAAUUAAGUGUUUGCUGGAUCGUUGUAAAUGGCCACUUGGCUUUAUGAUUGUUUGCGUAUUUGCGAUAUUCUAUGUGGUCGUUAUCCUGCUUUAUCUCAUCAUGAUAUGGCACCUCAAUAAACGACGUCAUAAUGACAUGCAAAAGCAGCGGUUAACAUUGCAACUGAUUGCGUUCACACUUUCGGGUGCACCCAUUCUUGGUGUGUCUGCAUUUACGCUACUUAAUUUGGAUAGGAUCAAAUUGCUUGGAUUGGAAAGUUCGUCACCGUGUGCAUUCUUCCUCAAAUGCGAUCUGUUCGCGCAAGCUGAGCGAUUGGUUUGUGUGAACGUUUCGGCGUGCAUCUUACCGAUGAUCAUUGUACCGCUGAUCAAUUGCUAUGUGGAUGGGCACACUCGCGAGGUAGCGGUUGAUAUAUGUGGUGUUGUUUUUGCUUGCUUGUUCUCAUUCUCAACGAAACCAUGUUUGGGUUCGUUUUUUGAAAAGGCUGAGAAGUCUGUUAAUAGCGAGUGGAAUUUCUCGGGGGAAAUGCAAUCGAGGAUGCAAACACCUGACAUUGACUUUAUCAAGUUACCGAACGGACUAUUCGACUUUGGACUUGUUGAAGCCAUUGGGGGAGUUACAUUAGUUGCAAGUGUUUGA